AGCGCUCCUCUCUCAGGGUCAGACCGGAUAGCAUCCCCUCUUUUCAAAAAGCCUCUCCUUUUCCUUAGGACUCAAUCCCCCCACCCACCAUCACUACACACACACACCCCUCCAACCUGAAAAUCAUCGUCUUGGUUUUGACGGCUCUUGCGAACACUUUUUUUUAAAGUCGUGCUUGUGAUGGAAAGCAGAGAGGAGAUGGUGAUGCUGGCGGAGGGAGUUCAGCUUGUCAAGAGCGCCUCCAGUUUGCCCGGAGCUAUCGGGAGCCCCGCAAGAGAACCGCAGGGGAAGCCGGGCCACAGGAGCUGUCUGAGCCCCGGCGCUGCGCCCUACUCCCGGGACAGAGCGGAGCUGGUAAUGGAGGAGAGCGCACGGAGGAAUAUGCGCGCCGAAAUGAGGCCAGUUGGCAGGUCUUCGUCCGGAGAGAGACACCGGAGAGAUCAUCCCCACAAAGACGGCAGCAGCUCAGACACAGAGUCUGACUUCUACGAGGAAAUUGAUGUCAGCUGCACGCCUGAAAGCAUGGACUACCCCACAGCUAAAGGUCGAAAUGGGGAUUCUCCAGGUCACCCGUCUGAGACUUGUGUUGACCCGGGAAACAUGGUCCAAGGACCAGGAUCUAUGUCCUACACAGCGGAUCAGAUUCGCCGGUACCGGACAGCGUUCACCCGGGAGCAAAUCGGACGGCUGGAGAAAGAAUUUUACCGGGAGAACUACGUAUCCAGGCCGCGGAGGUGCGAGCUGGCGGCCGCCUUAAAUCUACCUGAAACCACCAUCAAGGUGUGGUUUCAGAAUCGCAGGAUGAAAGACAAGCGGCAGCGUCUGGCAAUGACGUGGCCUCACCCCGCAGACCCGGCUUUCUACACCUACAUGAUGAGCCACGCAGCGGCCACAGGGAACCUGCCCUACCCCUUCCCAACCCACCUGCCGAUUCCUUACUACUCCCACCUUGGUGUCGGAGCUGGCUCGGUUCCAACUGUCACCCCUUUCUCAAACCCCCUGCGCUCCCUCGACAGUUUCCGGAUGCUGUCUCAUCCCUACCCGAGGCCGGAGCUCCUGUGCGCCUUCAGACACCCCUCCCUGUACCCGGGUCCGCACCACGGCCUCGGACCCGGAGGAAGCCCCUGCUCCUGUCUGGCCUGUCACUCAAGUCAAUCCAACGGCAUCUCAACCAGGCCUUCUGGCUCGGACUUCGCUUGCUCCCCAACUAGCAGGACUGACGCUUUUGUCACUUUCACGCCUUCAGUGCUCAGCAAAUCUUCACCUGUGACAUUAGACCAGAGGGAAGAAGUGCCUCUGACCAGAUAAAACCAAAACACACCAGCUGUAGUUAUAUAUAAGCAUUUAACAUAAGCUUUUUUUUUAACAUAACAGAUUAUAUGAUCGGGACUGAAACAGCAUGAGGAGGUAGCCUGUUAGCAGUGAAAACCAGCUUAAAUCAGAGGCAAGAUAAUUAGCCAGAUAUUCAGCUAUGUGACGCACAACUGAUCUCCCAUUACUGAAAAAUAAUAAUCCCAUUACAGAGCCAGAGCAGUAGGCUGAAAUAUGACGACAUGGACACAAAUUAGAUUUUCAGAACAUUCAUUUGAUAAUUGACAGAAAGGGGAAUCCAGAAAAAAAUAAAUGUGAGAUGGAUUGGCGUUAAGUUUUUUAUUAUGGCAUCUCCUCUCUUUACGCGUCUAAAUUGACCUACGUGUAUUGUUAGUUACGCGAGAAUGAUGCUUUCCAUGUCUCUUUUUAACAAGGGGAUUUGUUAACAGACUGCGGCCGUCUCAUUAUAAAGCAGCUCUCCACACCGGGGCCCUCCGCUGCGGCCCGGCCCGAAAUGUGCAGAUGCUAGUGAAAUUAUUAAGUGAUGUAUAUGUACGACCCGGCGAUUUUUGAGUGUUGAAUUAAUGAUAAUACCAGGAAGGGAUCGUUACUGCCAAAAGGUAACAAGGCGCCGAGGGAACGGAUUACUACAGCCAGCACGGUUUGAAGAGGGGGGAAGAGAAGAAGAAGGACCCAGAAGAGGAUGGAGAGAGAGAGACAGAGAGAGGACAAUCAAAAAUGAUAAAAUAAUAAAUAAAUAAAAGUGAACAUUUUAAGUAUAUAAAACACUCUUUCAGUUCCCUCCCUUAACGAUACAAGAGACAGUUCUUCUAUGAGAUGAAAAUGUGAUUAAUAUAUGCCUGUAGGCCUCUUUUUAAAUAUUUUUAUUGCACUGUGGCGCCAGUUUAGUGGCUGAGAAAGCGGACUAAUACGUGACUGUUUGUUUUAUUUUCUUAU